AUGCAGAUCAGAAAGAGCCUUCUAGCUCUGCUUCUAGUAGGGAGCGCCGCCUACACGGUGGCGACGCCGGCAACAGGGGACCUCAGUCCUCUACUGGUUGAAGAAACCGACUCCAAACCCAAAAAUGGCAAGCCCGUGAACAAAGCCUCAGCUGAAGAGUCUAAUUCGGCUCCACUGCAGGUGCUUGGUGGUGCCACGCGUGCAGACACAGCUGAUGUAACGGAAAUAGAGGCCGCCUUACAGCCUGUGCAAACGGAACAGCAAAGCACACCACAGGAUGUACAGGAAAAACUCAAUGCUGAUAUCAGCAACUUGAUAGGCUCUGGUGCAUCCAAAGGCCGCAUGCUGGUGCUUUUUGGCAUAGUUCUCCUCAUUACGGGCGUUAGCCUAUCUCUGGCAGGGAACAAAAAAAGCAAAGUGACGCGAACUGCGCAAACCUCGUUCGAAACCACUGUACAACAGUCCAUAGAACUAAUGGAUAAACUAGGGGUUAAAUCGGCCUCAAAGAUGGCCUUUGGAUGCAUCUUUGCAGGUCUCAUUGAGCUGGCCCGCAGCCUCAGGGCCAACCAGAAUGGACAGACAGGCAGCAAAGCCCCUACCUUGAAGGGCCGCCUAACAUUGCUCUUUGGUGUGAUUGCCAUGCUGGUCACCAUGUCUGGGGCGGGUGUCGAUCUGUCAACUCUGAAUGUGAGCGAACUCAUCAAGAUCCUCGGAGAAUACCUAUCCAAGACGCACCUCGGGCUUUUUGCUGCAGGAGGCGCUACCCUCCUUAAGAGCAUGUAUGACACCAUGGCUUACCAGCAGCAGCAGAAACAGCUGCAACAGGCAGACAGCGACACCCCAGCGAGCGAAUCAGAAGUCCCAGGAACCGCGGACAAGCCUCAAGCUGCUGCACCGGUUGAUGAGACUGUCAAUGCAGAGUCCACGGCCCCAAGUGAGAAUGACACAGCUGGGCAGGCUGAUGCUGCAAAUUUGCCUGAGGAAGAAGCGACGGGUGAAGCAGCACCAACGGGAACCCCAGAAGCACAAGAAGAGAACCCUGCUGCUCGAUAA